AUGACUGUCACCAGGGUGCUGCACGCCGUGGCUCUGCUCCUCCUGCAAGGGGGGUUUCCAGGGGCUGGCAGUGAAACUGUGACUGUGAAGGAAGGAGAAGACCUGACCCUGCACUGCACCUUCAGCCCCCCCAGCGCUGCCCCCAGCUCUGCUCUGCAGUGGUUGAACCCUCGUGGUUUCACCAUUUUUCUCAACAGCCAGCAGGUUUUAAGAGACAAGAGGUACAAACUCAUCCAUUAUUCCAAGGAUGAAUUAUCCAUCCAGCUGUCCCAGGUCACAGUGCACGACGAAGGCUCCUACAGAUGCUUCUACUAUGGCAAACCCUUCCAAAGCAAGGCCCAGCCUGUUGAGGUACUGGCUGCCCCUUCUAAUCCAGUACUGGAAGUAUCCCAAGACACAGGAAGAGGCAUUACACUGUCCUGCUACACCCGAGGAUGCAAACCCCAGCCCCGGGUCACCUGGCUGUUGGACAACGGGAUGGAGCUCCCAGGUGACACCAAGCACAAGCUGGGAUCUGAUGGGAAGAAAUGGAGCACAACCAGCACGUUGACAGUCCUCUCCUACGGGCCCAAUGCCACAGCCAGCUGCAUCAUCCACCACCCAGCCCUGAGGGAAGAGAAGCUGAUGGCAUCUUUCCACUUCCAGGACCUCCCCAGGACGGGAUCCAAACAACCAACCAGCCCUCCUGCAGCACCAGAGAGUCCAGCAGGUUCCAGCUCAGCACCAACACCAACCCAGCAAAGCCUCCCACCAGAUCUCACAUCUGAUUGGCCUGAAGGAUCAGCAGCUUCAUCAGGAGAUGAAGAACUGGGAAGUUCCUCGGGUUAUGGUGACCCCAAUGGGUCUGAGCCAGCAUCCAAAGGAAAUGUCACAACAGAGGAACUUCCCAGGACAGAAGCCCCACUGCCACGUGAAAACACCACUGGGACUUCCACCUUCACUGCUGAGCAAGAUCCCAAACCCAAAGGCAUCAAAAAGAAGGAGAAGGACCUCUUGCUGCCAAUCCUGGUGGCUGCCCUGAUUUUUGUGCUGCUCAUCAUCGUCCUGCUUUUCAUGAUGAAGCUGAAAAAAGCUCAUGGAGUGUGGAAGAGAGAAAAUGAUGUUUCAGAGCAGACACUGGAGAGUUAUAAAUCCAGAUCUAAUGAAGACAGUCCAGGCCACGAGAAGAAUGGACAAGUUGCCAAUCACAAGCCCAACCUGCAAUAUGUAGCAGAAGCAUAUGGGGAAACCACCCUGAAGAAUCCAAGUGACAAAACCACUGCAAUAAGUGAGAAAACAUUUGCAUGUGGAAAGGAAACAGAUGUAUAGCAAUGGGAAACCUGUUCCAUGUGCAGAAACCCCCCUUUUUCCUCAUGUCAAAGAUCUCAGGUCUCAUGAUUUCAAGGAGCAGGAGCAGCAGCAGCUGCUUUCCAUCCAAAAGCCAACUGGGACUGCUUUUAUUAAACAGCAGGACAGGUAGAUGGGACUGGUGCUCCUGAAAACCUGUCAGCAAUGGACUGGUUCACCUGGAAUCCUCAGAGGAUUUCAUUACCCACUGCCAGAAACAGAGCUCAUCAAUCCCAUCCCAGAUCCCACCAGCAACUGGGGUCCUCUGAAGAUAUUCAGUCCAUACAAAAAUAUUAAUGUACUGCUCCAGUGGUCACAGGGCUGAGCAGGAAAUCCAAGGUGCUGCAAACCUUGUAUGAUCUCAUUCUGCCUCCAGACAUGGACCUCCAGCUGGAUUUAACCAAGCAGGGGGGUAAAAAAGAAGGUUAUUGCCCCUCUCUAGGACUUCUGCCUCAGUUCUUCACCUGUCCCAGGAUAACAUUUCUCACCUGUCCCAAGAUAACAUCCCUCCCCGCUGUGCACAACAUCACCAGUUACAGUCUCCCACAUCACCUAAGAUCCCAGGGGUGUUAUAGAGAAGAUGGAUGUCCUUUAAGGUCCCCUCCAAGCCAAACCAUUCUAUGAUUUUAUGCUUCUGUGAACGUGAAGGGGAUGCAGGAUGUUACACGUGGGACCCCCCCCAAAUCCAGGAGUGGAGUCACUUCCCUGCCAGCAGGCGAGGUGGGAGCUUCGCCAGGACCUGACACCCGCAGAGCUCUGCCACAGCAUCGCCUUUCCUGUCGCAGGAGGGUAAAACCGAACGCCUGAAAUAAAGGACACGCACGGGACAACAGAAAGCGGCGGUUUUGUCGUUCGAAUUCGUUAUUUCUCGCCAGAAAAAAAAAACGAUGCAAAGCGGGUUUGAA